AUGUCAUCUUUGGAUUGGGUCCCUGGCUCAAUGGAUAGUCUAAGACAGUCUCUGAGUGUCUAUGAUCAGUCAGAUGUUGCAUCACCACACAACCAAAUAGCUAGUCAACUCUUGGCCCAGUGCAAGAAGUAUCCCACCAAAGAGAGCAUCUCACUCCUUCCUCACAAGUCAGAUCUACCAACUGGCCCCCCUGAUGAGGCUAGUGACAAGCAAAAAGUGGCCACUUGGGUAUCUUGCACUCUUGUCAUAUCCAUACAAUCCCGACCUCUGUUCCGGGCUCCCAGAACUCUGAACCUGACUUCCAGAGUCCUGCUUCCCUUCUGCCACCUCCUCCUUGCUGACUUCCAAGAGGUUAUCCCACCUCCGGCUCCAACACCACCUUCGGUCCGACUCCGGAACAUUCCGGGUCCAACCUCAUCCUCAACACCUUCCAGACGAGCAUGCAACACCUAUGUUCCUGACUCCAGACCUCCACUCCGGAAUCCUGUUUUGUGUCUCCAUCUCUGGAACCUCUGGUCUUAG